AUGGUCUGGAUGGUGACAGUCGUCCUUUUGUUCCUCUCUUCCCAAACCCUGUGCACAAACCCAGCACUGAAAGUCAGAGUCACACAAAAUGCCUUGGACUAUGGGCGUCAAGUUGGAAUGCAGGUGUUGCAAGAGGAACUGAAGAAGAUUAACAUCCCCGAUCAAAGGGGCAGAGCACGCAGACUACGCUACCAAAUCUCACGGAUUCAUAUUCGGACUUUUAACAUAGCCCGAUCUACAAUGGCGUUCUCCCCCGGAACUGGCAUGAAACUCUCCCUCGACAAUGUUUUCAUAGCCGUUCGCGGCAACUGGAGGAUGAAAUAUAGGUUCAUAAGAGACAGUGGCUCCUUUCACGUAUCAGUGAACAGCCUCUCGGUUUCAGAGCUGAUCAGGAUGAGUAGUGAUCAGACCGGACGUCCUGCAGUGAAGAGCGCGGGCUGCCGCGCCAAUGUUGGCAGAGUCAGGAUCAAAUUGCGUGGAGGCGCGAGCUGGCUCUACAACCUAUUCCGUCGUCCCUUAGAGAGACGCUUUCGUUCUUUGCUCAACCGGCAGAUUUGUCCAGAAGUGUCAAAGGUAAUCAAUAAGCUUGAACCGAAAAUGAAAACACUGAAAGUCACUGCCAACAUUGAUAGAAUUGCUGAGAUCGAUUACUCCCUGGUUAAUCCUCCUGUAGUCACAAGAAACUUCAUGGACCUGGACUUUAAGGGUGAAUUCUAUAACAUUGGACGGCAUCAGGAGCCUCCCUUCACCGCAGGCCCACUCAGCUUCCCCGAACAAACAAACCACAUGAUGUACCUGGCUGUGUCCGAAUUCUUUUUCAAUUCAGCUGCGUUUGUGUAUCACAGAGCUGGAGCCUUGCAGAUAAACAUCACUGACAGUAUGAUUCCUGAAUCAUUUCCCAUCAGAUUAAGCACAUCAACUUUUGGUGGUUUUAUACCUCAGUUGAAGGAACUCUAUCCUGAGAUGCUGAUGCUCAUGAAGAUCCGCAGCCUCAAACCACCUGUUCUGAGGAUGACCCCGGACAGCAUCACCAUUGCAGUUACCGGAGCUGCUGAUACAUUUGCAAUCCUACCAAACUCCUCAUUGGCUCCUCUGUUUGUCCUGAAUCUUGAUGUCAGCGUGUCUGCCACGCCAUCUUUGUCUGGGGAUAAAUUGACAGGAUCACUGGAAAUUAAAAGUGCUAUCGAAAAUCAAUCUGUAUUUUGUGAGCGAAAAUAUUUUGCAAUCAGAGCUCUCCUGGUCCAUGUGACUCAGUAUCACACUGGGCGAUGCACACAACCCUCAGUACAGGUGACGCCACCCUCAGUCUCUGCUGUUGCUUCGUCACUCUUGUUGCACAGGGUUGUCCUCAUGUUUUACUCUCCGUUCUGUAGAUUGGACUUGUCGAUGGGACGUUCGAACAUCGGCCCCUUUGAGACAUCAUCCCUGGAGGGAGUGUUAAGCUUUGCAACCAAAAUAGCAGUGCUGCCGAAAAUCAAUGCUUUACUUGCGAAAGGAUAUCCACUUCCAAGUUUGGAUCGGUUAAGUUUUGUAAAUCCGGCCAUUAAGGUGAAAGAGAAAUUUCUGAUGAUUGCGACUGAUAUCAAAUAUCGCUUGUAAACCAGCUGAUGUUGAAGAAGGUUUACUCGCUGGAGCUGGGCAGUGCUGCCCUGAUUAUAGCGCCCACAACCAAGGCACUGAUGAAGGAAAUAUUUGCUUCUACACUGAAAGCUGGCAAAACAUAGGCAAGAUUGUGAUUGAAUCUUUUUUCAGUUUUUAUUACACAAUUAUCCAAACCUCCUCUCGUGUGAUCUUGUAACAUGGACAAGUGUUGCCAGCUCACCUGCAGCACCUUAAUCUUUGUGUGGUUUCUAUGGGGAAAGAGAGAGAGAGAAGGGAAUAAAGAGAUAAUGAGCUUCAGUUAUAUACACUUUUUCAGUAAGCUUGCGCUGAGCCUGCGGUGUGAAUGGGGAAUCCUGAGACCUGGCUGUUUCUGUUUGAAGAUUUGCUGUAACUCACCAUGAUGAGAAAAUAAAGAACAUUGGUACAGGA